AUGAGCCCAUUUGCUGGCUUGAGUGAAAUGGAUUUUGAACUCCAUGACAUUUACAUGGACCACGAACCAGAGGAAGAAUUUGUGUUCUCACUCAAUAAAUGUAAGGAUAUCUUCCUAAAUGUUCUAUUAAGUGAUGAAAACCUACGAAAUUCUAGUAUGAUAGUUGAAAUCAGAGCACAAGUGUACGAUGCUACUGAUUGGCAGAGUGAUGAAGAUGAACAUGAGGUAUUGAAAAACAACUAUAGAAUUCAUGACCCAACCAUCAAGUUGGACAAGAUGGUACCAAAGCUUGGUGACAUCUUUGAAUCCCCUGCCCAACUGAAGUUUUGUGUCACCAAUUAUGCAGUGUCACAUGGCUAUAGAAUAUACUUUAAAAAAUGUGAUAGUAAAAGAAUUGUAGCAAGAUGUGGCAAUAGGAAGGAAGAGAAUAAAAGCCCUUUCAGAAUUUGUGCUGCAUGGAUGUACAAAGAGAGAUCUUUUCAGAUCAAAGCUAUGAAUGGUGACCAUAAAUGUUCUAGGCAGUUUAAGUUUGGAUCCAUUGUGUCCCCUGAAUGGAUUGGAAGACAUUAUGUGACUGAAAUUGCAAAUAAGCCAAAGAUGAAACUUCAGGAAAUGAUUGAUGACAUCAGACAAAGGUAUAGGUGUGUGGUAUCAAUAGGACACGUUAGAAGGGAAAGGAAAUGGGCCAAAAAUUUAAUAGAAGGUAAACUCACUGAGCAUUAUGCAAGGAUAUGGGAUUAUGCCCAUGAAUUGUUAAGGUCAAACCCGGGGUCCACAUGUCAAGUUGGUGUAACAACCAAUCUAGGUGGAAAGAAUUAUUUUCACAGGUUUUACGUUUGUUUCAAAGCAUUAAAUGAUAUCUGGAAAAGAGGAUGUAGGAGAGUAAUUGGGCUUGAUGGGUGCUUUCUAAAGGGGCAGGUGAAGGGCGAACUGCUAAUAGCCAUUGGUAGAGAUGCCAACAACCAGGUUUAUCCAAUUGCUUGGGCUGUUGUUGAUGUGGAAAAUAAGUCCAAUUGGACUUGGUUCCUUGAGCUACUUAGUGGUGAUCUAGACCUUAUUGAUGGAAGGGGCUUGGUAGUUAUAUCAGAUCAACAUAAACAUAGGCAAUGUGCCCGACACAUAUAUGCAAAUUUUAGAAAAGCUUACACUGGGGUGAAGUUGAAGAAGCUGUUUUGGGCUGCAACUAUGAGCUGUGUGGAAGGUGAUUUCAAGAGACAUAUGGACACAAUUAAAAAGCUCAAUCUUGGUGCAUAUGAGCAUUUGAUGUCCAAAGAACCCCAAACAUGGUGUAGAGCUUACAUGAGUACAAGGUAUGCAUGUGAGGUAGUGGAGAAUGGUAUAUCAGAGUGCUUCAACUCCAUCAUUGUGGAUGCUAGGAAAAAACCAUUGAUCACAAUGCUUGAAGAAAUAAGGAUAUACAUCAUGGAUAGGUUUUCUCACAUGAUUGAGGAAAGCACUAAAUGGAAUACCCGUAUAUGUCCAACAGUGUUAAAGAAGAUGAAGCCUUUUGGGAAGAACAUGAGGUUUUGUUUAGUAAUUCAUAGUCAACAACAUGUGUUUGAAGCAAGGAGAGGCUGUGAUAGCUACAUGGUGGAUUUAGAUGGAAGGCAUUGUACCUGCAGGUUAUGGGAUCUGGCUGGGAUUCCAUGUGUUCAUGUCAUUGCAACCAUCAACUAUAUCCAACAAACACCUGAUGAGUACAUUGAUCACAUGUUUUCCAAGGAACAAUUCCUUAAGUGUUACUCUGCUAACAUUAGCCUAGUGAAUGGUUCAAAUCUAUGGCCUCAAACUGAAUUCAUAAAGCCCUUGCCACCAGUGCCAAGGAGAAUGCCUGGUAGGCCAAAGGUCAAUAGAAGGAGACAUGUAACUGAAAAUGAUGGAAGAGAAGCAGUUCCUAUGCCACCAAAGAAGAAAGGAAGGCCAAGGAAAAAGGUCCAAUCUGACCCAAAUCAAGCAUCAUGUUCUAAAUUUGUUAGAAGCAAAAAGAAGUUGGGGAUAAAAAGAGGUGGUGACAUUGUUGAAGAUAGAGUUAUACUUGACGAGCAUGUUGGUUUAGAUGGUCAUGUUGAAGGUAGGGGAUGUGAGGAAUAA